CUUCCUCCCCUCCCCGGGCGGCCGUGCGAGCGCGUCAUGGCCGCCUCGAAGCCGGUGGAGGCGGCGGGCGGCGGCGGCGGCGGCGGCGGGGGGCUGUCCCGCUGGCAGCUGGCCCUGGUGCUGGGGGCGCCCAUCCUGCUGGGCGCCGGCGCCGUCUACCUGUGGGGGCGGCGGGCGGCCCGCCGCGGCGGGAAGGGCGCCAGCGAGCGGAAGACCCCGGAGGGCCGGGCCAGCCCCGGGCCCUGCGCGCAGCCUGACGGGCCCGGCCGCGAGGAGACGAGCCCGCUCGAUAGAGCCCAAGCAGCCAAGAACAAGGGAAACAAAUACUUUAAAGCAGGAAGAUAUGAGCAAGCUAUUCAGUGUUAUACUGAGGCUAUCAGCCUAUGCCCUCCUGAGAAAAACCUUGAUCUUUCUACCUUCUACCAAAAUAGAGCUGCUGCCUAUGAACAACUGCAAAAAUGGACAGAAGUGGCACAAGACUGCACAAAAGCCGUUGAGCUUAAUCCUAAGUAUGUAAAAGCUCUCUUCAGACGUGCAAAGGCUCAUGAGAAGUUAGACAAUAAGAAAGAAUGUUUAGAAGAUGUCACUGCAGUCUGCAUUUUAGAAGCCUUCCAAAACCAGCAAAGUAUGUUAUUAGCUGAUAAAGUUCUUAAACUCCUUGGAAAAGAAAAGGCCAAAGAGAAGUACAAGAAUCGAGAGCCUCUGAUGCCCUCACCACAGUUCAUUAAAUCCUACUUCAGUUCUUUCACAGAUGAUAUAAUCUCCCAACCUUUGCUUAAGGGUGAGAAAUCAGAUGAAGAUAAGGAUAAGGAGGGAGAGGCUUCUGAAGUAAAAGAAAACUCGGGCUAUUUGAGAGCAAAACAAUAUAUGGAAGAAGAGAACUAUGACAAAAUUAUCAGUGAAAGCACAAAAGAAAUUGAAGCAAAGGGAAAAUACAUGGCAGAAGCUUUGCUUCUGCGGGCUACUUUCUACUUACUUAUUGGCAAUGCAAAUGCUGCCAAACCAGACCUGGAUCAGGUCAUAAACAUGGAAGAGGCAAAUGUGAAGCUCCGAGCUAAUGCUCUGAUCAAACGGGGAAGUAUGCAUAUGCAGCAGCAGCAGCCUGUGCUGUCCACUCAAGACUUCAACAUGGCUGCUGAUAUUGAUCCUCAGAAUGCAGAUGUUUACCACCAUCGAGGACAAUUGAAAAUCCUGCUUGACCAAAUUGAAGAGGCUGUGGAAGACUUUGAUGAGUGUAUCCGUUUGCGACCUGAUUCUGCCUUGGCUCAAGCACAGAAGUGUUUUGCUCUGUAUCGCCAAGCUUAUACAGGAAAUAAUCCUUUGCCUGUGCAAGUAGCCAUGAAAGGCUUUGAAGAUGUCAUUAAAAAAUUUCCAAAGUGCGCUGAAGGCUAUGCUCUCUAUGCACAGGCACUAACUGAUCAACAGCAGUUUGGCAAGGCUGAUGAAAUGUAUGAUAAAUGUAUUGACCUUGAGCCAGACAAUGCCACUACAUAUGUUCAUAAAGGUUUACUUCAGCUUCAGUGGAAGCAAGAUUUAGACAAAGGCUUAGAACUCAUAAGCAAGGCCAUUGAAAUUGAUAACAAGUGUGAUUUUGCAUAUGAAACCAUGGGAACGAUUGAAGUGCAAAGAGGUAAUCUGGAUAAAGCCAUUGAAAUGUUCAACAAAGCUAUCAACCUGGCCAAAUCUGAAAUGGAGAUGGCCCACCUCUACUCACUCUGUGAUGCUGCCUAUGCCCAGACAGAAGUUGCAAAGAAGUAUGGAUUGAAACCACCAACACUGUAAAGAAACAAGGAGGAAAUGACCUUCUAAAGUGAAGUUGCCCACUUCAGCCAGCCCUAAAGACGCUGUUGCAGACCAUGUUGAAUGGUGGAACUUAGUUUCUUUUCCUUUUGUGGUGUUGUCAUUUGCUACAUCUGUAAAUGUUUAGGUGUUGUGGGAGUGGUUGUUCAAGGAAGUAUGCAGUGUUGCAUCUUCUUCCUUCUGCAGCAUAAAAUUCUUAAAGCGUCUUAAGGGAAAAAAAAGUUGCAGGGGAACAAAAGAAAGGUAUUUUGGCCAUGCAAAUAAAAACUUCACACUGGUUCAUUUUGGGUGAUUAUGCUGUGGGCGAUUUUCACUUUAUCAAACAAUAUUACAGCAUGUGGGGUUUUUUCCUGUUGAUUUUAAAGGUAAUACUAGUCAGUGCUGUAAAAUAGGUUUCUUUUUUAUAUGCAAUUAAUCCUUGAGGGUUGAUUUUAAUUUUGCAAAAAGGAAAAAAUUAAUUUUCAAACUGUUUAAUAAUAAAAGGUUUUUUUAAGUCAGUAGAUGUGGAGAAAAUCCCUGUGCAUAUAUGCAAGCAUGCACAAUCUUCCCUUAAAGCCCCUCCCACCUUCUGCAUAACUUAGAAAUAGUCCUGUGGCAGCUAUUAGGGAAUUCAUUUGAUAGUCUUUAUCUUCACCCCAGAAAGCCCUAGUGUACUAGUAAAAAGGCUGGCUAGGGAAAGAGGUCAGGUAACACUGCUUCAGUGUAGGUAUUACUGGAAGAAAGGCUGUUUUCCUGUGCAACAGUCCUUACUUGAAUGUCAUGGGAAAUUGUUCUGGAGGGUUCAGAGGGACUUUCAAAAACAAGACACUUCUGGGAGUAGAGCUGCCAAGGUAAGGUCAUGCUUGCAUAUAAUCUUUGUAAUCUCUGACUCUUUUGCUCUUCAGUCUUUAGAGAUCACUGUGUUCUGAUCUGCUCCUUGUAAUAGCCCCUUUGCAGGAUUAAGUGAGAUAAGGAACAAAGCACAGGCUAAAACUUAAAAUAAUGGAUUUAGAAUCUACUGGUUUCCUUGUUCUUUAGACCCUGUCUUGUCCAAGAUUACAGAUACUGUAGAAAGGAAGCAGCUGUUCUGUGUAUAGCAGAUUGGUGAAUUACUAACUACUAGUGUAAACAGUCUUCCUCUAGCUAGGAACUUCACAGAGGGCUCUCUUGGCUUUGGAUUGACCUUUCUGAUAUGGCCGUGAGUCACUUCAUCUUGACUCUCCCUGGAUUGAUGUGGCUGGAUAAACCUCAUGCUGUGGUCAGACUGUCUUGUUCUCUAGUUGUACCACCCUGUAGUAGCCUUCCUUUUUCCCAGCAACAACAGUUGAGAAUUCAAAAGGUGGAGAGUAGACAGAAAGAUUUAAUCAUCCUAUUUUAGCUAGCUCAGUCAGCAAUGUGAAAUCAGAGUGUUGGUGUAGAAUUGAAGGCAUCAGAAGGUACUGGCAGCUGCUGAGGGCAGUGCACAUAACAAGUGUCAAAUGUCUUCUGGAAUUUCCAUUCUUUGCAUCAAUUACAUGAGAACAAAAAUAUGCCAGACUGACUGAUGUGCCCUGUUCUCCCAAGGAGUUUUUAUUUGCAUGGCCUUAUUUACAUUGGCAUUUUCUCCUCUUCACCCUACCUGUACCCCAUUCCUUACCCCACACAAUCAGUUAAGGGAAAAAAGCAUGUGCUGUUGAAUACUAGCAUUCCAAAUCAUCACAGACUUUUGCCUGUUCUUGAACUAGUUUGAAACUGCACUGAAAGGAUGCAUUGUCUGUAAUUUUUUUUGUAAAUGACGUAUCACUUGUAAACUGAAAAAAUAAAUAUUACCUUCAAGUA